AUGCUAAGCAACAAAGACACGGAAGAGCAAAAGCAGGAACGGAGAAAACGUUAUGAAAAUCUGCUAAAUAAGAGAAACCAGUCGUCGCCUCUGUCGUCAGAGGAAAAUCUUAAAAGCGGUAUACCCGAGCAAAAUCUACAAAAAGUUCAAUACACCACUCCACAAAAAUCAGACGUAAAUUCAAAUCAAAAAGCCUCAGACACAGCGAUCGAAAAAGAAGGAGAAACAACGACAGAAAACGUAGUGAGUGAACAAGAAGAUAAGCAGUCGGCAGAAGUUGAAAUCGAAGUUUUAAACAAAGAAACGCAAACAACAAAAAUGGGAAACGAAGACGAUCAAAAAAUGCAAGUAAAUGGUGCUGAUUUAACGGAGGUUUUACGUUUAGUCGCACUAAAAUUAGAACAACAAAAUCACCCUGUCGUAUUUGACUCGUUCGCUAAAGUUAUAGGUGAGUUUGACGGCGAAACAACGCCAGUGAAAUGUUGGUUUGAGAAUUUUGAAAAAAAUGCCACAGUCUAUCAACUCAACGAACAACAAAAGUAUGUGCAAGCGAGAAACAAAAUGACAAAAACUGCUCAAUUGUUUUUGCAGUCAGUUGUAUUGAGUGAUUAUGACAGUUUAAAAACAGAGCUCAUAAACGAAUUCCAUAAAGAGUAUAAUAGUGCUGAAUUGCAUAAGAAGCUGUGCGAGCGAAAGAAAAAAGAGGAAGAGACAUUUCAGGAGUAUGUGUUACAAAUGAAAAAACUCGCUGCACUGGGCAAUGUCGAAGAAAAGGCAAUUAUUCGUUAUGUUGUUGAUGGGCUGAAAGUGAGAAGCGAAAUUAAGUAUUCAUUUUACGAAGCAAAGACAAUCAAAGAACUCAAAGAAAAGCAUGAAAUGUUUGAAGCGGCGAAAAUAAGUGAGCGAAAUGGCAACGAAAAGUGGAAUCACAAUAGAAAUACCGACAAUCGAAAAGAAAAAGCCAAUGCGAGCACAGGUGGGAAUGUAUCGAAAAGAAAAAUAGAACAUUGUUACAAUUGCGGCUCGAAAGAACAUAAGAGAGCAGAAUGCAAAGAAGAAGUGAAGUGCUUUAAAUGCAACAAACAGGGACAUAUUGCUAAAGACUGUGGAAAAAGUGCAGAACAAGUUAACAUUAUUAAACAAGAGAAGCGAUUAAAAAGCUUUGUGGUAAACGACCAAAACCUACUGGGUUUUAUUGAUACAGGUUCUGAUGUGUGUAUUGUGCAAGAACAUGUGCUAAAAAAUGUUCUAAAGAAUGUUAGCGUUGAGAGUACGAGCACAACGUUAUACGGUCUUGGAAAUGUACCAACAAAAACAAAAGGCUACUUUAGUGCAUGGGUGAAAGCAGAUGGGCUAGAAGUAGAACAGAAAUUUGUUAUUGUUUCAAAUGGUGUAAUUAAACAUUCUGUUUCGAUCGGAAAUGAUUUUAUGGACAAAUUUGAGUACAAUUGCGAUGGUAAUGGCUAUACAUUCUUACGGGUGUUAAAUGAAGAGCAAAGCGGCAAUGUGUACCAAAUAAUCGAAAACGAAAUCGACUGUGGUAAAAUUACUGAGCAAAACAAAAAACAAAUAAACGAAAUGCUAGCAUCGUAUACAGUGAAGCCAAAAGAAUCUGAAUGCCCAAUCCAACUUAAAAUAAUACCAGAUAACGCGAUUCCUUUUCAUCAGUCGCCAAGUAGAUUGCCACAUAGCCACCAAGUAGAAGUAGAAACUCAAGUCCAAGAGUGGCUUAAAGUAGGAAUUGUGCGUAACUCAACGUCGGAGUAUGCAAGCCGUGUAGUUGUUGCAAAAAAGAAAGAUGGUUCAUGUAGAGUAUGCAUAGACUUCCGCAAAUUGAAUACUAUGGUGCUUAAAGAUACAUUCCCAGUACCAGUGAUCGACGAAGUACUAGAAAAAUUACAAUCUGCGAAAUAUUUUACGGUCAUGGACUUAGAGAACGGCUUUUUCCAUGUGCCAGUUGAAGAGAACACGAAACAAUAG